AUGGAUGCCAUGACGAUAACCGCUGAAGAAGCUCGACCAUCAGCCAUCAUGAGGAAGAAGCAACGGCCAUUAUCGCUAAGCAUAAUCGAUUACCAGUCAAGCAAAAGAGUCAUAGUUUGUUCUGACCAGGGUGCCUGCACACCGCCAUGCACCGACCACGCCCCGCCCACUUCUCGCUCUAGGCCGACUCCGAAGAACAGUGUGAAGAAAAGACGUCUUGAAGAUUGGCUGGGAGAAGUCCGUGCGAUCUUGCCUUCAGAGCUGCUGCUAUCCACCAAUUUGUCGGCGCUCCGGGCCGAGUCCUCCCGGAUAGCGGAAGGUUCAGACAACGAGUUCUACAUCAACGAGUUUCAACCGACUUCUGUUACCAGCGGGUCGCAGCCUGAGCUAGUCGAGCUUUCGACCUACCGCGACUUUCAUCUUGGAGACAGUUAGAUCUUUUAUUGCAAUCCAAA